AUGGAAAAUGAACUUUUAAAAGAAUUAAAUAGUGAACUAAAAAGUAAAAACAAACUACUGGAUAGUAUUGUUAAUAAGGUAAAUAAUCAAGUGAGUGAUCUGUCGUAUGCUAGUGUAGCUAAGAGUGAACCAAAUAAUGCUGAUCGAGUGACUAAUAUUUAUGUAAAACCGAAAGAGAAUAUUAAAAAUCCUCAAACUUUAGCUAAGGUUAAAAACAAAUUAACUUGUGAUCUUGCUAUUCCUAUAAACACGGUCAAAGAAAAUAAAGAGGGUCAUGAGGCUAUUAAAUGUAAAAACAAUAUUGAUGUGUCCAGAGUGAGAUCUGUGCUGAGUGAUAAACUUGGCCUUGAUUUCAGUGUUGAACUGGAGCAGCUAAAUCUACCAAAAAUCAAGGUUAUUAAUGUUGAUUGUGACUUAACUAAGGAUGAACUGUGUGAUGAUAUUUACAAUCUCUUUGUUGUCAAUUCAAAUCAUAUGUCUAUGUUGACAGCGCUACUGUAG